UGCUGCAGAAGAUGUGCCUGCAGGACAAGGACUGGCAGAAGGCGCUGGAGAAGCUCUUCACCGACAUGGACUGCAAGCUGGACCGGAUGGCGCUGGACCCCCUGAGCAAGCAGCUGGAGGACGUGUGGCAGUUCAUCAAGAAGUUCCUGAGCGAGGGCCCCCGCUUCGACGCAGACAGCGCCGCCGGCUUCAAGAGGCAGCUCUUCGAGAGGGUGAAGUGCAUCUCGUGCGACCGGCCGGUGACCAUGAUGACGGGGCCGCACAUGAUCACCAUCCGCAAGCCGGCCCAGAGGCCCCGCCCCGCCAGCGCCAACGGCUACGAGUACCUGACCCGGCCACAGAGGAAGUGAGGAGGAGCCCCUGGGGGGCAGCUGGACAGUGCCCAC